ACUGAUCACAGAGGUUGUCUAUCAGAAGAUAUACAUCUAUAAUUUCUUUUGAGAAUAUAUGUUCCUGUACUAGGACAGUGAGUCUAGCAUCAUGGGGCUGUGGAAAGAGUUACUGGUGGUGCUUGCCUGGAGCUCAGUGUUUGCUGCUCGGAGAGGGAGAAGGAGUGUGUCCAAUUACUCUGUAUCCUAUGAGUGCAAUAAAACCAGCAUCCACCUGACCGUACACCUGAACCCCCAGGGAGCUGGCCUCAUGCUUGACCCACAAUUCCUGCAUUUGGGCAGCUGCCCCUACUCUAUCAUCAACAACCAACAGGGCCUUCUGCACUUUCAGUAUGACCUGAAGGACUGCAGUUUCUCACAGCUGACUUCUGGGAAUGUGCUUGAGCACUUCACCGACUUGGCCUAUAGGCCUCCCUCUGGGAGAGGCAGAUACUACGCCACCUCCUUCACUGAAAGAAUAAACUGCACUGAUUAUGAUGCAAAAUCCUUGACUCAUACAAAUAUAUCCUCUGUUACUGGUCAGCUGUCUGCCUCCAGUGUACUGAUGUUCAAGGUGAUGCUAAUGAACGGGGACUUCAGUGCCCCUUCAGACUUCCCGGUCUUUCCCCUGGGCUCUCAGAUUCAUAUAGAGUUUGCUGUACAGAGUUUCUUCCACCAGCCUCUGCAGAUUUUUGUGGAUGAGUGCAUGGCCACCACAACCCCAGAACUCCACAGAUCUCCCAGGAGCUACAGCAUUAUUGCAAACCAUGGGUGUUUUGUGGAAGGUAAAGUGUCAAACUCCCAUUUUCUACCCAGAAAGGCUCCUGAAGCUAUCAGUGUUUCCCUGCAGGCUUUUGGAUUUGUUGGUGUGGACUCAGAUAUCUAUCUUCACUGCCAGGUGCUGGUCUGGGACCCCCAAGUGCUCAUGCACCCCACUAGGAAGGCCUGCUCAUUCCACAGGGACACAAAUAGGUGGGAACUCCUGGAUAAUCCUAUUCUAAGCAACAUGUGUGGUUGCUGUGACACUCUCUGCCAAGAAACAGGCUUGCGCCACAAGAGAGCCCUAGCAGACUCUACAGAGAAAGGGGGGCUUAUCCAUGCUGUUGUACUUGGGCCCUUGAAGAUCCAGAAACCAGCUCCAAAGACCGGAAGCUACAAAUGGCUCUCUUGCAGUCAACCGUUAUAAAGCUAUUGGUGUCCUGCUUAUGGUUUCAGUGCUAGUGGUGCUGUGCCUGGGCUUCUCCUUCCACAGUGGCUGCUGCUCCAGAAUCAAGCUGGCUGAGGACUCGUGCUCUGAGGGACUAAUUACAGAAGAAGCAGAUGGUGCAAGUGUUUAGUACAGAUGUGCAAUGAGUCAAAGUUGUGGGUUUGUUUGUUUGUUUUGGCUGGGGGGGCGGGGUUUGGCAGCUUUUAAAAAAAAAAAAAAAAGUUUGGAGAAUAAGUCGUAUGCAUACACACAAUCUGUGAUCUGUCUUGGCUUCUGCUGGGUGGGAUGGGGGAGCACCAAGUAUCAGGAGGCAUCUCUGUAGUUAACCUUGUCUUGCAGUAGCUGCCUUGAAUACAGAGCUGUCCAACUUCUGAAUGGCCAGGGACUGUGCCCAUGACCCUUCCAGCUUUCCUCCCCCUACCCUCCCACCUUCCCUGAGGCAGGGGGAGGAAGUAAAAGCUUGAGGAGGGAAGGGGAGGCCAGAGACCCUGAUGGCAACCACAGGAGAGCAGUGUGGAGAGCUGUGCCUGGAGUUGUGUAUUUGACAGCCCUAUUCUCCCACCUGCCUACAGCCUGACCAUACUGAUUGCAUCUGAUCUCAGAAGCUAAGCAGGCCCAGGCCCAGUACCUGGAUGGGAGACGGCCUGGGAGUCCUGGGUGCUGUAGGCUGCCUGCCCUUCCUGCCAGGGGCGGGGGGUCAGACACGAUGAUCCAUUGUGGUCCCUUCUGACUCUACAAUCCUAUGAAUCUUUUUUUUUUUUUUAUACAUGCUGAGCCAUGGAAAGUGUAGAAGCUGUCAUAUCCAGCAGCUUAACUUUAACGCUAAGCUCUUCUGAAACUCCUUUUUUAAUAGUGUCUAAGGCCCUGCCAAUAAAAGGAGUUCCCCUUUCCCCUGGGGUAGAACACUACCUUCCACGUGAAGAAAUCAGGGAUGGGUCAGUGAUUCUUCUGGUCUAGAAGUUAUGCCUUUGCCUUGUCACACUUAGUAUGCAGCCAGUGGGCUAGGAUUCACUCAGUCACUCUGCAGCCUGUUUUAAGUAGCAGGCAAUUAAAUUGCACUGCCUUGCCCCUGCCCUUAAUUCAGAAGCCUGAGCUGGCAGGCUUCUGCAGCACAAAAUCACUCUUGCUACAGUAAUGUCUUGCAUUCACUUACAGCCUGCUCUGACAGUCACUGUUAAAGAGCAGUAGAAGUUGGAUUCUCUAAUCUGGAAAUGAAUCUGAAGUGCAACUGUAGAUCAGCUGAACCUUCUCCUGUGUUCUCCCAAAAGGGCAUGAGAGAAUUUAAGGUACUAUAGCUUCAUACUAGCAACUUCAAGUAGAAGUCGGAUUACUCUUGAUUACACAUCCCUCCUUGAGGCUGGGUAAGAAAAGCAUGAAAAUGAUUCCUCCCUUGAAAACAAAUCCCUCUUCUCCCAAUGUUUGCUAGUACUUGUGACCUGGAGAAAUAUAGCUGUUUCCCAGCUCUGUUAGGAGCCUUAUCUGCUCUCAUGGUAGUUCAGAAGCCAGCUUCUGAGUUCACAACCUCAUGUUAAAAUGAUGCUGCAAAAAAGUUGGUCCUGUUCCAGAGUCAAGCAGAGAUGUUAUUUCUGCUGACUAAAACCAUCUUGCUAUUUACCAUCUUGGCUACUUGGAACAAACCCACCUCUGUUUG